UUUCUUUUGGGAUAAUGCAGCACGGGAAGUGAAGCAGAAAGAAAAGGCUUUAGCAAGAAGGAUUGAUUCUAUGCUUUUUCUGAAAUGUCAUAGCUGCUACUGCAGCAUACAUCAAAUGGGAAGGAUGGAAAUCAUACGGUGAUGAGAGCUGCUUCAAUGAUACCUAUCCAAUCCAAGAAGCAUCAUACUGGGGAGUUGGAUCUAGUCUUGCUAUCAUGGAGAUAGUUUGCAACAUCUUACGAGAACUAAAGAUCAACCAUCACAGUUUUUAACAUUACACAAUUGUCAGAAGAUCAGAAAGAUGCUCAUACAUUUGUUAUGGUGAAGAGAAGGGCAAACUCUUGACAGCGAACAGAGAUCUUUCCUUGAAAAUUUUGCUGAUUGUGUUCAUUGGGUGCUUGCUUGCCGGCACUAUCUAGUACAGAGAAGGAGAUUUUGUAUGCAUACUUGCUGAACAGUUGUGAAAAUCUUUGUGAUCUGAAUCUUCUUUGUGGAAAUUAAGAAUGUAAAAUCAAGGUAUUGAUAAAACAAAGAAUGAGUCUUCGUUUCUAAAUCACACCUUUUCUUAAUGGCGGAUGUUGUGGGCCCACUCCUUGAAUUAGGAAAAUGCAUUGCCACUCCAACCUGCAACUAUGUAGAUCAUUACAGGAAAUUUGAUGGUGAUGUGAAUGUGUUGAGAGACAAAUUGGAGGAUCUAAAUGGACGAAAACAAGAUAUAGAAACAAGACUUAGAGUGGAGGUUCAUGUGGAAGAAGUGGUGAAAGAAGAAGUGCAACUUUGGAUCAAACGCGUGCAAACCAUCAAUGAUGAAGUUCGAGUUGUUUUAGAAAAGGCACAGAGAGUAAAAUGGUACAGAAAAGCUUGUCUUGGGAAACAUGUUCGUAGAAAAAUUGAUGAGGUAGAAAAAAUCCACGAACGAGGUAGUUUUACUGGAGGCCUUGUAAUUGUUAGACCUCCAGGUCCUGGCAGCAUAAUUCCAACAGAGAAUUUAGUGGGUGAAAGUUCUGCUAAAGGAAAAAUUUGGGAGUACUUGAUGGGUGAUGAGGUUGGAAUGAUUGGAGUUUGUGGGGUUGGUGGAGUUGGUAAGACUACAAUCAUGAAGCAUGUUAACAAUGAUUUGUUGAGGAAGGAUAGGUUCCAAAAAGUGAUUUGGGUUACUGUAUCUUACCCUCUCAAGGUUUUUACAUUACAAAAGGAUAUUGCUCGUGCAAUGGGUGAAACACUUCCAGAAGAUGUAGAAGAGAUGAAGCGGGUGGCAGCACUAAUGAAUAUAAUGAAAGGGGUGAGAUUUGUACUGAUAUUAGAUGAUGUAUGGGAAGAGUUUUCCCUCAAGGAUGUUGGAAUCCCAGAACCAACUGUGCGGAAUAGGUGCAAAGUAGUUAUCACUAGUAGAUCAGCUGAAGUAUGCAAACAUUUGCGUUGUAAGAUUGUUGUUGAAGUGCGGCCUCUUCCACCGAAGGAGUCUCUAGACCUUUUCCUUGAUAGGGUUGGACGUGAUGAUUUAGAUUUAGAAGUCGAAGGGUUGGAAGCAAUCUUGAAUUCUAUUGUGGAGAAGUGUGACGGUUUACCACUAGCAAUUGUUCUGAUAGCAGGGAGCAUGAGGGGAAUACAGGAUAUUGAAGAAUGGAGAACUAUGCUUGAUGAUUUACAGCAAUGUGUAGAAAAUGUGGAAGGAGCGGAGGAUAAGAUAUUUCCAAGGCUAAAAUUGAGUUAUGACCGUCUAAGAAAGCCGGAGAUCCAACAAUGUUUUUUGUAUUGCUCUUUGUUCCGAGAAGAUUAUGAGUUUUCUAAAAAGGAGUUGAUAGAAGGUUGGAUUGAUGAAGGAUUGAUUGAUAAGCCGGGUAAAAGACAAAAAGCUUAUGAUAGGGGCCAUGGUUUUUUAAAUAGACUUGAAAGGAAUUACUUGUUAGAGAAAACUGGCAAGUUGCAUGGUGCUGAUGCUUUUAAGAUGCAUGAUGUACUGAGAGAAAUGGCUAUCAACUGCAUUGGUCCUGGACUUGGAUAUAUGGUAAAAGCUGAAAUUCCUGAUGGUUUGACUCCAAAGUGUCCGUUGCUGUCAACUUUGAUAUUGUCAAAUAAUCCUAAUUUGUCAGAGAUUCCAAGUUCCUUUUUUGAAGAAAUGGUCGGACUUAAGGUUCUUGAUCUUUCUGGUACUAGUGUUGAAGCUUUACCUGAUUCCAUCUCUAACUUGGUGAAUCUUUCUGCACUACGGUUGAGGAAGUGCAAGAGGUUAAAGUACUUGCUUUCCUUAGCAAAGCUCAGGGCAUUGAAGAAGUUGGAUCUGCAUAAGGCAGGGAUUGAGGUGGUCCCUCAAGGCUUGGAGACGUUGGUAAGUCUUGAAUAUCUUGAUUUAUUUUGUCAAAAUUUGAAAGAGAUUCCAACGGGAAUAUUACCUAGCCUUUCCAGUCUCCAGUACUUGGUUGUAUAUCCAAGCAGCGGAAUUACUAAAAGGAUAAAUUUAGAAGAGGUUGCUAGAUUGAGCAAGUUGGAGAGUUUGGAAUGUGGAAUGGAGGGCAUACAAGACUUCAACUAUCUUGUCAAUAAGUCUAAAGAUUUUGAAAGUUUUACGGCUUAUGAACUUCGACUGACAAUGGGUAUAGAGUGCAUGGUUGAGUUGGACUCAUCCUCCUCUUCAUUGAGUUGUCCAGUACUGGAUAAGCUUGAAGAGUUGUAUAUUAGGGACUCUCCUAACUUGAGUGCACUUGUGAGAGUGGAAGGAGUAGCAACACCACAGCAUGUCUUUUCCAAUCUUAAAAGGCUUCAUAUAGAUUCUUGUUCAGGAAUGAGGAAGUUGCUUCCACCUGAGCUACUGCAGGCCCUCCAAAAUUUAGAGGAGAUUUGGGUUAGUGAUUGUAAACAAAUGGAGGAGAUAAUAGCAUCAUCAGAUUCAGAUGCAUCAUCUGAUAUAUUCACUUUUCCCAAGUUAAGGAAAUUGGAAUUGGAAUAUUUACCCCAAUUGAAAAGCAUCUGUAGUGGCAAAGGAGUUUGUGAUUCUAUUGAAAAAAUUACAGAACGUCACUGUCGGAAGUUACAGAGGAUCCCUUUGCAACUUCUCCUGCUUGAUAAUGGCCAGCCAGCUCCUCCUCCUCAUCUCAAAGAAAUCAACAUAGUUGAACGGGAGUCAAAAGAAUGGUGGGAAUCACUGGAGUGGGAUCAUCCUAAUGCUCAGAACAUGCUCCAACCUUUCUUGAAAUUACAUCGAUAUGAUGAGUAAAUUAAAUAUGUCACGUGGGACCCCAGUAACACGUGCCAAAAAAUCCCCCUUCCUCCGCUCCACAACGAAAACAAUGGAAAUGUGCGGCUGGGAAUUUGACAUGGGGGAAGCCAAUGUAGGAGAGCAGGUAUUCUGGAAUUGAUGAGAUUGAGAUGCAUCCACCCUUAACAUUCUGCUCUGCUGUCUCAUAAACUCCAACUAUGUAA